GCUCCCCCGUCGCGUCACCGCCCCGAGGGACUCCAAAACUGAAGCACUCUCUCUCAUCCUCUCCCCUCCCCUCCCUCUUCUCUCUCUCCCUCCUCGGCUGCGCUCCGCUGCUUCCUCCCCACGCUAGAGCCAAACCCCAACCCAUCUCCAUCUCUCUCCGGAGUACUGGUUGCGGAUGGGCGGCGCCGCGCCGCUCGCCGCCGGGAGGUAGGGCUCGCCCCGAUCGGCGAGGGGGCGGUGGGGUGGGCCCGGGCAUAUGAGGGCGCCGCAAGACCGCGAACGCACGAUGAGGGAUCUCUACGAUCGUACGCGCCACAAGGAUCUCGCGCUCCUCGAGGAAUCGAACAAGGAACAACGCGGUGGCGGUGCAGGACGGGCAGAGGACUCUGAACAGCGGGGAGUGGCCCCCCAGAUAGAGGACAACCCUACAGUAAGAAAAAGACCAGUUCCAAGUGAUGGUCCUCAUGUGAAAGCAGAAUCUGGCACUUGUAAUGUCUGUUCUGCUCCUUGCUCCUCUUGCUUACACAGAGAUCUUGCACCUGUUGAUUCCAAUAUGGACUGCGGAUCAUCUCAAACGUGCUGUGCAAGGUCAGAAUCAAGAACUAAUUUGUUAGUUCGUAGUGGGAAAGGACUCCGUACAAAGGGAGGGGAAAAUGAUGAUGAACUUAGUGCCACUUCAAGCCAUGCUUCCUAUUCCGAAAAUGGUGGACAUAAGGCUAUGGCGAGGUCCAUUGCAGCAGAUUCAGAGGUUAACAUGCCGGCAAAACGUAGAAGGCUAUUGAGCGAUACGAGGUCACCUAGAGAAGAGUGCCACGAUGAUAGUAACUCGUGUGUUACUGGUACAUCAGCAGCAAGCAAACUUCUGCUGGAUAAGAAAAAGGAUAAACUAUCUACUUCUGCGUCAAGUCGUGAUCUCACUGUCAAGGACUACAAGGACAAGAACAUUGCCGGUCCUAACAGACUAAGAAAUUCCCUUGUGGAAGAAUCUACAGAGAAGAAGAGAUCUGAUGUUCAUAUUGCCCCACCUAGCUCAUCUGAUCGAUCAGCUCCUGCAGAUUCUCCUUCAUUUAUGACCAAAAAGUUACUCCGAACUCAGUCCUCUGUUAGUGCAUCUCAAGGAUUAUCUCCUAAAAAGUCAAACCAGGGUUUAGGGAAUUUACAAGAUAAUUUAGCGCAACAAAAUUCUGAGAAAGUUCCAAAUAAUGACAUAGAUCAUUUACCAGGAGGAAAAUUAAGCAGGCCUGUGAUUGGUGGUGACAAGCAUGAUAUGGUGACUAGUUGCAGUAUGAGUAGCAAAAAUAAAAUCAAGGCUGGAUCUUCAUCAAUGGAACUGGAAACUGGCACCCGUUGCACAAGGAAUGGCAGUCAAGAACACACUGACAUUCUAUCUGAUGAUUUUGCUAAGAGGAAUGACAAUGUUCAACAAGACCAGAGCCAAGGUUUACCAACGGAUAAAGCUAGUGAUAAAGAGUUGAAUACACAGAAUGAUGCUAUGAUAGAGUGCGGGAACUCAGAAAGCUUAAUAGAUGUUAAUGUUUGUGAUAUAUGUGGAGAUGUCGGUAGGGAAUAUCUUCUGGCUACAUGCACUAGAUGCCUUGAAGGGGCGGAGCAUACUUAUUGCAUGCGAGUGAAAUUGGAUAAGGUUCCAGAUGGUGAAUGGUUAUGUGAAGAAUGCCAGCUUAAUGAAGAUCGAAUUAAAACAAGAGGCAACCGCGGUGCAUCAACAGUUGACAUUUCAAAUGGGAAGAACCAAGAUUCAGAAAGCAUGAGCAACCCUAAGACCUUGCAGACCGCUUUGCCUAAUUUGGGCGCUCAACAAAUUGCUUCUGGUACACCGGUAACUGAUCACUUGUCUGGUAAUAAUGUAAAGCUGCAUUCAGGCUCAACUGAUACAGAGGCACGACAAGUGAAGUGUGCCAGCCCAAAUGCCGGGAGGCUGGAUGCAAAGAGUAAAAACUUUGGGAGUAUGGCAAAUCGUAAGAGGCUUCAAAUUGUCACCUCUGACACGGAAACACGGCCACCCACUUGCGGCACACCAUCAGCCGGAAGAUUAGGCAAGAAGUACGAAAGUUCAGAAGAUUUAUUGAAUCGUAAGAAGUUGCGAAUUGCCACUGAUAUGGAAUUGCCAAUGUCAAGUGAAGGCCUGCUGAGUCCACCUAAAUCGUCCAAGAGGCAUGCAGAGAAUGCGUCAUCCUCUAAUCCAAGGCCGUUCAAGACGGAAAGCCCUAGGAAACAUGACAUUUUCUCUCAUCAAAACUCGUGUAAGAAAUCCAACAAAGGAAAUCUUAAGCCACCUAAUAAUGCUCCAGUGAAGGGUGUUCAGGCAGUCAAAAGUUCCAUGACCUUAUCACGGUCAUAUUCAUUAGGAAGCCUGGCUAAUGCCAAAGCGCCAGUUCCUUCACCACGAGGUCCUUUAUCGAAACAAUUGUCUUUCAACAAUUCGAAGAGCGAACCAAAGGUCAAGCAGUUAGCAGAAGGUGUGGCAAGCAAGCUGAAGCCUGUAAAACAUUCCCCAAUAGAUGUUAGAGAAAAGGGGCCAAUGAGAAAGCUUAUGAAGUCAGAGUCAUUCAAGCGCGAGGGUUCAGUUAGUAAAGACUCCAGUUCAUUAAAACAGAAUAAAUCAUCUCUCUUGUCUCGAGAUGAAAAACCAAGAAUGUUGAAGCUGAUGAGUGAUAAGAGUUUUUUAGAAAGAAGGCCUUCUUUUAUUCUUCAGAAACCACCUUUAUCACCAAGGCCUGAUAGUUCUGUCAAGUCGGGAGAUAGAAAAGUCGACCAAGAUAAUCCAAGGCCUGGACCAAGCAUACUAAAAACUAGCAAAAAGCCAGGUAACAUCGAAAAGAAGCAGAUCUCUGCUUCGUUUAACAGUGAAAAGCGGGGCAUUGCCAUUCACCAAACAUCAACAGGAGUGGUUUCUUCUAAAGAUGCUGAUACUAUAAAGACUUCUGAUCCACUGCUUCCAGUGGAAAAUGUUAAUAAGGAUAAUGAUUGUGUGGGUGAAGCUUCACUCAUUCUUAGGAAAAAUGAUAAUAAAAUGUCAACUAAUCCUGAGGUGCUUUCCACACCAUUGGCCAUGACCUGCGAAACAGAUUUACAAAGUGUGGUGCCAAGAGCAAGUGCUUCAGAAGAUUUGACUCCUAAUGUGGGACAAUGCCAGCCUUUGGCCAUGACUUCUGAAUCACAAAGUAUGGUGCCAAGAGCAAGUUCUUCAGAAGAGUUGACUCCUAAUGUGGGACAGUGCCAGCCUUUGGCCAUGACUUCUGAAUCAGAUUUACCAAGUAUGGUUCCAAGAGAAAGUGCUUCAGAAGAUUUGACUCCUAAUGUGGGACAAUGCCAGCAAGAGGUUUUGGAAAGCACUGAACAUAAGUCAAUUAAAAGUGCAGAGGAAGUUCAGGCUGCGGAAGACAUAUUGCCCGAGAGUCCACAUGAUCCCCUAAUGGCACAGAAACUCUGUGCCCCUGAAAACAAAUUGAGCGAGCCAAAUUUGAAGCAUGAAGAUUCUUUUGAUCAGUUGCCUACUCUUGGGAAUCUUUCCAGAACUUUAGUUAUUCCAGAGCAGACUUACAUCUGGCAAGGUAUCUUUGAGGUUUCAAGAACUGGAAUCUCUUCCGAACUGUAUGAUGGGAUUCAGGCCCACUUGUCGACCUGUACCUCGGCCAAAGCACUUGAAGUAGUCAAACAAUUACCUCAGAGAAUUCGGCUCAUAGAAGUUCCACGUUGUUCAUCGUGGCCACAUCAAUUUAAGGAAGUACAGCCGAGUGAAGAUAACAUUGCUCUUUUUUUCUUUGCUCAAGAUUUUGAAAGUUAUGAAAGAUACGGCAAACUCCUGGAAAAGUUGCUUGUUGAAGACUUGUGCCUCACAACAAAUAUUAAUGGCGUUGAACUUCUCAUUUUGUCAUCUGAUAAUUUGCCGGAAAAGAUUCAACGGUGGAAUGGCUUUCUUUACUUUUGGGGCGUCUUCUACGCGAGGAAAGCAAAUAGCUCAACAGAGCUUGCAGUGAAAAAUCCUUGUCCACUAGUGUCAACCACUGAACCUUUUGAUAAGCCUGUGUGUUCCCCUAAGGUUCCUCAAUCUUUGGGUAUAGAUUUGAACCAGUGCCCUGAUGAUGAAUUAUAUGAUUCACCCGUAUCACUUGGAUCAGAGACAGAGAAGUCAGGUGCAUCUGAAGAUCACAAGACUUUGAUGGGGUCGACAAAUGGGAAUGAAAAUCUGGAUGCAUGUGAAAUACAUCAUCAAGAAACUGCAGUCACCAGAGAGAUUGUAUUGGGAAGUGGUACUGCAGCUGUCUGUGAAACUUAUAUUCCCAUGGGCUCAGGAUGUCACAACAUGAAAUUGGAAUAUCCAAGUGAUACAACAGGUGGCUCAGGAACUGAAGGCAGAGACAGCAUGAAGGAUGAGGAGAGCUUUAGUCUGAAUGAAGCUCCAUGCUAUGUCGAACGACAUGUGGGUGCAAGCAGAUCAAUGCCUGACAAUAUAUUGGCCAAGAAGAAGGCGCUCACAUCGUUGACAGAAGUAUCGUUACAACAUCAAAGUGAAUCAAUCCUGAAGGCGGACUUCGUUUUGCAUGAUUCUGAGUCAAGCUACAAAAGGCAGAAGAUUGUUAAUGGAGAUGAACAACUACCCAACGAGCGCUUGUCGAAGAUACAUUCCCUGCCAGCUGGUUGGCAUACUCCAUUCGAUGACUCACGUUAUGCAUACAAGGGUCUCUCAGAUCUAGGUUCGACGACAAAAGCCAUCUCAGAUCAAGUUGUUCAUGUUCUUUCGUCUGAUGAUGAAGGCUCUCCAGAACAUACUACUAUGAAUAAGGCACCGUUGAAGGCAGAACAGGGAUCCUCCUCCCCUCUGUUGUCACUAUCCCUGUCUACAGCGGCAAAGACGCGCAAACUUGCCAGUUCGGACGCAGGAGAUGAUCGAUCGCUGUCUCUUUCUCUUGGCCUCCCUCUCCCUGGUGUUGCAAAAGGAAACCAGGCUCUGGAGAUAAAGCAGUUUCUGCCGGAGAAGCCUGGCAUAAAUACUUCUUUUCAUCUUUAGAUAUGCGGGUGUACAGUUUUGUGCUGUGUUUAACUUUAUGGAGUUUAGACAGGGUAGAAGUAUGGUAUAGUUGUUAAAUUAUGAACAUCUUGGUCUUAUUGCACCGCUCUAUGCAUCUCCUGCAACUGUUGGUUCAUGCUGGUCUGGUGAUGGUAUUGACUGCUUUUGUUUGAUCUAUGGAGUCUUAGUUGCGGAACGUGAAUACUUUCAUACA